AUGGAGGCGGAAUGCAGCAGUUACAUCAACGUGGACGGUGCGCUCGUGGGUGCGUUCUCGUGCCCAAAACCAGGAAAUCCUUUGGCUCUUUAUUGUUGUGGAUUUAACGAUAUGAAGUACUGCUGCGAUGAUCCUCACAGUUUUUUCCCGUACGAGUAUGGAUACAUGUGGUGGCUGAGCUUUGGUGCGUUGGUUGGUCUAUCCAUUGCUGCUGUGGUCCUUUUGGCGUUUCUUAUCAUUGUUUGCGUCCUCUGCUACCUCUUUAUUGCAACAAAACCUAGUCGCCGUGACAACGGACUGGCUUUGAGACCCAGAUCAGCAGCAGAGGAUUUGGAAGAAGGGCCAAGCCAUGACAGAGUCUCUGCUCCACACGGGAUCCGGAAGUUUUUCGUGACCAGGAAAUUGGGAUGUGACAAUCAACCCAAUCCAGAUCCCUUUUUUCAGAGGUGUUUCCCAGCAAAUCUGACCGCGGUCAAAGUGGAAAGUCCCUCUUGUUAG